GUCAAUUUGGUGUAUUUUCCAGGCGGCUUUUUCCUCAGUGUCGUACAGCAAUAAUGACGUAAUUUCCUCCUGUUAGCACAACAAGGGAAAUCAUUUUAGCCCCGAAAAUGAGUUUGUUUUUGCCUAAAUUAACUUGCAAAAAAGACAUAGAUGAGGUUAUCAAAUGCGUAGCAGAGAAAGUCGUAGUUUUGAGGUUUGGGAGAGACGAAGACUCGAUUUGUCUUCACCUCGAUGAGAUUCUGUCAAAAACUGCACACGGCCUAAGCAACAUGGCGUCCAUCUACAUUGUUGAUGUGGAUAAAGCUCCCGUCUACACAAGAUACUUUGACAUCAGUUACAUCCCCUCCACUGUUUUCUUUUUCAACGGACAGCACAUGAAAGUGGAUUAUGGCUCCCCAGAUCACACCAAGUUUGUCGGCAGCUUCAAGACCAAGCAAGAUUUCAUGGAUCUGAUUGAAGUCAUAUACAGAGGAGCCAUGCGCGGCAAGAUGAUUGUCCAGAGUCCCAUAGAUCCUCAAAAUAUUCCCAAAUUUGAGCUCCUCUACCAUGGGAUUUAAAAUCAACUCUUCCACUUUGCGGCCUUAUUUCCUAUUGAUUGGCAUCAACCACGUCUGGUUGAUUGACAAAAAUAGCUUUAAUUUCAAGCAACCAUCUGAAGAAGGUUUGAUAUUAAAGUGUCUUGUGUUCAUUUUCAUAUGGCAAAUGACAAAGUACAUUGGUCUUUAUGCCUUUUCCUCUUGCUAUGUUUAAAGGUUUUGUUCACGUGUCCUGCACACAUUCCAGCCGGUUUCACUAUCAACAUUUCAAUAAACCACACUAACGUGAAGUCACUGUGCGACACAAUGGAAAGAAGACUGCAAGCCAGUAAACAUGGAUGUAAACAAAACAGGUUUCGAACUUUUAAGAAAAAUGAAAGAAAAUGCAUUAAAUAUGUUUGUUAGACCUAAAAAAACACACACAGUUUGUCCUGGCAAUGAACACAGACUGUAAACACAAACCUUUGUUUGUUUACAAGAAAACUCCAACGGGCACUUUUUUUGGAAAUACAUUUACUACCAAUACCAUAACUAUACAAAGA